AGUUUUAACGACAAAGAAAAAAAAUUGACAAAUUCAUUGCCGGUAGCCAUUCUGUGCUAACAGUUCUGUUUGGUUAAAUUAUAUGUGGAGAUUUUGUUAUAAUUAAUAUCAGAAUUUCUAGAAUAAGAUAUUCAGCAGUACAGCAAGUAUGAAGCUAGUCAAGUUUUUGAUGAAAUUAAGUCAUGAGACGGUAACUAUAGAACUAAAAAAUGGAACUCAAGUUCAUGGCACAAUAACAGGUGUUGACGUAGCAAUGAACACCCACUUAAAGGCUGUUAAAUUAACAGUCAAGAAUCGACCAACAGUACAAUGUGAUUCUCUCAGUAUCCGUGGUAACAACAUCCGUUACUAUAUACUACCAGAUGCUCUGCCCUUGGAAACACUACUUAUUGAUGACACACCUAAGGCAAGGGCCAAGAAGAAGGAUCAAGCCAGAGGAGCAGUUAGAGGGCGUGGAGGGCGAGGCAGGGGUGGACGAGGUGGCAGGGGAGGCAGAGGUAGAGGAAGAGGACGACGCUAAAGGCAUUAUUUUAUGUGUUUUCAAUGUUCUUUGUAUGUAUUGUAUUUUUUUUUAAUAAGAUGACAUUUUAUAAGGUCUUAUCUAAAGUCUGAAAAUACAAUUGCUAUACCAUGUACUCAAAAAAAGAACAUUUUUCAAAUUUUUAUGACUUUGAUGGAGUUUUAUAAUCAAUCAUACAUUUAACCACGUAAAAGAUUUGUAUUUUAAUACAUCCAGAGAUGAUUCAAAAAUAUAUUUACCAUAAUUAAAACAUUUUCUACUUUAGAAUAGUGUUUGAAUAAGUAAGUGUAAAAUGUAAAUAAUCCUACAAUAAAUUAGUUUGAUUUUGUAA